AUGGAUCGACCCCCGGCCGCUAAACGGCCUCGUCUGUCGAUGGCCUGUAAUGUCUGUCGACAGCGAAAAGUGAAAUGUGACGCGGAGUAUCCGAAAUGUCGGAACUGUCGACAACGAAAUCAGGUUUGCGUCACGACUGAUCCGCAGCGACCGGGUGUAACAGGCGUGCGGGAAUGGCUGGAGUUACCGGAGAAGGGAGGAGGCUUUUUUGCCCGGAGGGAAGACGAGAGGGAGACAGGCAGGGAGUCAGGGAGGGAGGAGGAUCUGAUCCCUGAGGGGCAGCAGCAACAGCCAUCACCGAACGAUGGCAUGACUGCCACCGAGAAGACGGACGGCGUCUCGCCCGUGCAUCAACCGUUCAUCACGUCCGUCAACGUGGAACAUGAGACGAAUCGCAUGAAGAUCAUGGGAGGCAGUAGCUCGCAAUGUCUCGCCAAGUCUCUGGAUGUAUUCUUCAAAGCAGCAAGACUGAAACCGAUCUCGGGUUCUUUUCGGCAUGGCAUGCGACACGCAGAAGAACUGGAACUGUCGUUGAAACUAUCGCUGCCGACACUACCGAGCCGAGAGAUGCGUGAACGAUAUCUGACUAUUUACGAGUCUCGGAUCCACCCGCUCUAUCCAAUCUUCAACCCUAAGACCAUCCGAGCAGGCAUCGAACAGCUCUCUGCACUGUCAGACUACACGGAGCUCCCUCGGGAUAAUAUCCCGGUCUUAGCAGCUGCCUACCUUCUGACGAGUUUCGGUGCCGACGAAACAGCCCAAUGCAUCACGGAACAAGGCGACAAAUACUGCCACGCUGCGACCGGGUUGCUUUCGCAUAUCAUAGUCACACCAUAUUUUCCUGCUGUUCAAACGUUACUACUUUUCACUAUCGUUUAUCGUGGGCGCAACCAAGAAGGUCUUGCAUGGCAGACCCUCGGGUUUGCAAUCCGCAUCGCAUAUACUUUGGGGAUCUAUCGUCAUUCAUCAAGCCUUCCAUCCGACGAUAAAAGCUUGAAUAGGCAAGUUUGGGCAGUUUGCUGUUGCCUCGACAAAAUGAUGGAGAUCGAGUCGGGACGUCCACCUGCUGUUAUCCGGGAACAUAUCACCCCCGUUGGAUCCCUUUCCUCCGAGUCCUCGUUGCUUUACUGGCAUCUUGGGCUCGCCGAGUUCCAAAGUAACAUUAGCCAACACAUCUACAACUAUCGCGCCGGAUCUCGAAGUGUCCGCCAGAUUCUGCUGGACACGGCCCGACUCGACCAUUCUCUUCUUUCUUGGGCCAACCAAAUUCCUCCCGAACUCCGACCAGGUAACGACCUGUUCUGCCAGGAUUCAGAUUUCCACAUGGUCGCGCUCCUGUCCAUUCAGUACCAGGAGACACUGAUUGCUUUGCACCGUGCGGCAUUGAUCGCGCCAUCAGCAAGCUUCAAUGGGGAGAUUGCUCAACACUGCGCGGACGAGCCUUCACAAUUUCGGUUGCGGAAUGGGGAAUCAAUUUGUGUCAAUAGCGCCCGAGCUAUUGCAAAGGUGAGCAUUGAGCUCUCGGAGAGAGACGCCGAUUCGAGGCUUAUCCCAGCGGGUCCGUCGCUACUCGCCUGCAUCGUUCUGGCUAUCUACCUGAUGAAACAUCCGGAAUCAAAGCUUCAGGCUAUGGACUUACAGCUGCUGAAGGCCUGUUUGGAGUAUACUAGUACGCGACUUGCUAGUUCUAAUGGCAAUGUUCAUUUUUUAGAAGGCCUAGCAGUAAUAUACGACCAGACUGCAGCUCACCUUGAAGCCCAUGGACGCUCAGAGGAGCGAGGCUCUCUUAUCUCGCCAUGGAGAUUCGCAAGAGCACAGUUGUCUAGCCAAGCGCACGAACGCAGUCGACCCCCAUCCGUCAGCACGACUCACAAGGACAACAACACCAACGGACACACUCAGAAUCCUCUUCUCACACCAUCGACCUACGAGGACAAUCCAUCAAUGCCCUGGAGAAGAGAGAUUGAUUCUCAUCCCGGUAUCUCCCAUCCAUCAUUGAACCCAGAGUUUAAUCCACGACACCAUGAGCCCUCUCGGAAUACCUCCUAUAUGCCUCUUGCGGACAGCGGAGCUGGGAGACGGUACCCACAAGAAAAUCAAGAACAGGACACUGCACAAGAGAAUGGUUCAUUUAUGGACCAAUUUGCGGCCUUGGGCGAUUGUCCAAAUCCUGUCGAUGGAGGCGUCUUCCCGUUCGAGGGUUACAAUGUGGAGGAUUUGUGGAAUUGGAUGUUGUAUUUUGAUAGUCCGAAGGGCUUAGAUGCAGCCUAA